AGAAUGACAAGUCUAUCAUUCCUCUUUUCAUGCAACAAAAAAAGAAGCGUAAAGUAACCACAAAAAGGGGCGAAUUAAUUUGUUUGAUCAAAUUUCAUUAAACGAUAAGACGUAAUUAAAAGUUAGAACAAAAUUCUAGUGUAAGUGAAGUGUUCCUACAAAAUGGCUCCGAUAGAUUACACUAAGAAAACGAUCGUGUUCGUCACGGGCGCUUCCCGAGGCAUCGGCAGGUCGAUAGCCCUGGAGAUAUCCAGAAAAUUGGACCAACAAUCCAUAAUUGUACUAAUGGCGCGAUCCGAAUCGGGCCUAACGGAGACCAAAGCUCAAAUAGCCGAAGUGGAUAAAACCAUAACGGUGCAAACUUACCGCACGGACUUCCUCAAUCCGCGAACGGAAACGUUCGAAGAUGUAUUCAAUCGAGUACUAAACAGCGCAGAUACGAAGGAUAUCCAAAACGCGAUCAUUUUCCAUAACGCCGGGCACGUAGGGACAGUAAAGAAAAGCACCGACUUGUCCGAUCUAGUCGCCUGGAGGGAGCAUUUCGAUGUAAACUUAUUCUCCUUGGCGUUGCUGAACAGCGUUUUUAUGAAACGCAUGCGACCGAUAGCGCAGAAAUUGUGCGUCGUGAACAUCAGCUCGCUAGCGGGUAGAGUACCGGUGACCAAUUUGGCCAUGUACGGAUCGGGGAAAGCGGCCAGGGAUUUGUUUUUUAAAGUGUUAUCGAUCGAAGAGCCCGACGUGGUCGUGUUGAAUUAUUCCCCGGGACCGGUGGAUACCGAUAUGUUCGAUAUGGUCCUGAAGACCGCCCAAUCGGAGGACCUGAAGAAGAACUUCGAGGAGGUGAAAAAAACCACGGUACUCUUGCCGCCCGUUACCGUUAACAAAAUGCUGGAUUUGUUGGAAAAGGGUGAAUUUAAGAACGGAGAUACCGUGGAUUACUACGAUAGAAUAUAAGGAGAAUAAUAUUAAUUUAUAUAUGUCCUAUUGUUCAAAAGCAUUCCAAACAAGUGAUUGUAUUCAGCACUCCGUUUGAACGCUAAUCAUAACAACAAUGUAAAUCUGUCAAAUUGGAUAAUGUCAUUAAUUACUCUACUAAAGCUGUCAAGUAAAUAAAGGGACCAUUAAAAUGAUUGAUUAGAGUUAAAGGAGCCCUGAAUGCGGGUCAUAUAUAAUAAAAUUAGUUAGAAUUUUCAAAUAUAUUUUAUAUAAAAUUCUAUGUAUUAUUAAAUCUUAUAUGCAUUUAUUUAAUGUUUGUAAAAAUGUUUAUUCUCAAUGAGCUUACGAACAAGGAGUAUAAAAAAUGUAAAAGUAUCUACUAAAUUUAUAUUUAUUUUCAUAUUAACAUCAACAUUAUGUAAACAUAUGUCUAUUUACAGUAAAACUAUGUUAAAAUUCUAAUAUUUUUUUUUUGAUUUUAAAAUUCACAAUAUAGAUAGGCGAGAUUCGCUAUUAAGGACAACUGGAACAGAAAAAUAGAUUAAAGGGACAGGAUAUUUCUACGUUACAUUUACAAUGUCAGGAGAUAAAAAGAUUGCAGGAAUCUUCCUUCGCCUUAUCUCGAGUAAAACCGGAUUCGAAUUAAAAGUUCCAAUACACACUAGAUCAUCAGAUAUGGGAAUAAUCUAGCAGGCUAUAUUUACUGACCUGCGUAUAUGAAUGUUUAAUUUUACAAAGUAACUUUAAUCAAGAGAGCUUAUUGAGCUCUUCCUGCAUGUAAAUUUGGCACCCGACGAGUUUAAAUCAACCUAACAAGUAUAUAAAAUAUAUCUAGAAAAUAGGAAAUAUCUAGAGCUCCAUCUAUGGACCUAUUCAACCCUGAUGCGUUCGCGCAAAAUCUAACAGGUAUAUAAAAUAUAUAAUGUAGUAAAUAUAUCUAGCAAAACAUCUAGGGCCUCAUCUAUGGACCGGAUUCAAUUCAUAUCCGAGCCUUCCGCACAUCCGAAGGCUCCGCGCCGAGAAGGAAAAAACAACAAAUUUUCAUCUACACACAUUUUUUAUAAAUUUCGAAACAUCUUCACUCCCGAAUCGGCCCCGUUCGAUUCGAAAGCCUCCUCGCCGGUCCUCACGACACUUUGUUGCGCCACCGCGAGAACAAGACAAGUGGCGAUUCGGAGCAGGACGCGUUCAGGACGAAGUACAGCAGGAAGAACGAGCAGGCCACGGAACGGCGGGCGUCGCGCACGCGCAACAGCCCCAAUUUCGCGAACAGCUCGUAGGCCAUGACGAAGCACCCGUAGCGGAAGAGGAAGUUGGGCACGAUGCACUCGGGCAGCGCGCACGCGCCGGAACGGAGGAGGGGUGAGGAGCGGAGGGAGAGGAGGGGGGCGGUGGCCGCGCAGGCGCACGGCUCGACCGGACACCCUCAGCUCGGGAACCGGCAGAAGAACGCGUAGACGAGAUCGUAGUUCUUGAUGCUGCAUUGCUGGAUGUCGCGGCGCUGCCAGUCGCCCAGCUGGUUCAGGAACAGCAGCUCCCUGGAGGUGUCCUUGGUGGGCGAUAA